CCAAAAUCAACUAGCCGUUGUAAACCCUAAUCAAGUGACUAUAAAAAUCUCUAAUCUCCUUUCUCAUAAUCACAAUUGCGCCUCAAAAUUCAACAAGCGAUCAUUAAUCAAUCUUAAUAUUGUCGAGCCUCCUUAAUCUUACCAGCUCCUCGUCUUAAUCUCCUUAAUUUUGUUUCGUCUUUGUUUUGAUUACAUCUGCUUUGUGCUAAUAUUUGUUUUGCAGGAUCUUUAAUUUCGUUGUUGUGUGUGAUUUUUUUUUUAUAUUUGUAUCUAUUACUUGUUGUUGCUAACCCUAUGGAUGCAGAAUCAGUACAUUCCUCUUCUUCCAGCAAGGCUCAUUCUCGAUGCCCUCUCCAAGAACAGUUUCUUCAACGGCGAAAUUCUCGAGAAAAUUUGGAUAGGUUUAUACCGAAUAGGUCGGCUAUGGAUUUCGAUUAUGCACAUUAUAUGCUGACAGAGGCAAGGAAAGGUAAGGAAAAUCCAGCUGUGAGUUCGCCAUCUAGAGAAGCUUAUAGGAAGCAGCUAGCGGAGACUUUCAACAUGAAUAGGACACGGAUUUUGGCUUUUAAAAACAAGCCUCCAACACCAGUGGAGACUGUUCUAAGUGACUGCUCCUCAGCAGCCGUUCACCAACCUAAGCCCAAGACCCGUCGUUACAUUCCACAGACGUCGGAGAGGACAUUGGAUGCUCCGGAUCUUGUGGAUGAUUACUACUUGAACUUAUUAGACUGGGGAAGUAGCAAUGUUCUCGCAAUUGCUCUUGGAAACACAGUGUAUCUGUGGGAUGCUUCUAAUGGUGCUACAUCUGAAUUAGUGACACUUGACGAGGAACUUGGUCCAGUGACAAGUGUUAAAUGGGCUCCAGAUGGGCGCCACAUUGCUGUUGGUAUGAACAACUCUGAGGUUCAGCUUUGGGAUUCAACUGCCAAUCGACAGCUAAGGACAUUGAGAGGAUGCCACAGUUCCCGAGUAGGAGCACUUGAUUGGAACAAUCAAAUACUAACUACCGGAGGAAUGGAUGGUCAGAUUGUUAACAACGAUGUAAGAGUUAGAGAUCAUAUUGUUGAGACCUAUAGAGGACACCAUCAAGAGGUCUGUGGACUAAAAUGGUCAGCCUCUGGCCAGCAGUUAGCCAGUGGAGGCAAUGAUAAUCUCCUCCACAUAUGGGAUAGAUCCACCGCGUCUUCAAAUUCUCCAACACAGUGGCUUCACCGGCUCGAAGAUCAUACAGCUGCUGUGAAAGCUCUAGCUUGGUGUCCGUUUCAGGCAAAUAUGCUUGCAUCUGGAGGAGGUGGUGGUGAUAGGUGCAUCAGAUUUUGGAACACCCACACUGGUGCUUGCUUGAAUACAGUUGACACAGGCUCACAGGUCUGUUCACUUCUGUGGAAUAAGAAUGAGCGUGAGCUGCUUAGUUCUCAUGGUUUUACCCAGAAUCAGCUUACUCUUUGGAAGUACCCAUCAAUGGUCAAAAUUGCAGAACUUACUGGCCAUACAUCCAGAGUACUCUUCAUGUCUCAGAGCCCAGAUGGAUGUACUGUUGCAUCUGCAGCAGGAGAUGAAACUCUCAGGUUUUGGAAUGUUUUUGGAACUCCUGAAGUGGCAAAACCUGCACCUAAAGCAGCCCCAGAGCCAUUCGCUCACCUGACUCGCAUCCGGUGAAAUUGGUUCAAUUUGUAUUUUCUUGCAUACAGAACAGUGCUGUUUAUGAUCAAACACUUGUAUAGUUUUAUGGAGACACUUGUAUAGUUGUAUGGAGACGUAGACGUACACCCAUUGUGACGAUGAUUGUAACAAAAAUUUUAUUUUCCUUUAUGAGAAAGUUAACACUUUGAACUAAAAAAUUAUGGCUUUUCCUUUUUUA